CUCGUCUCCCAAAACAAGAAUGGGGUCUGGGUCCGCUCGGGUCCGCUCGGGUUAGCUCGGGUUAGCUCGCUGCUGGAGUGACCUUUGAUUCGAGCUCCGAUGGCGAAUUUCAGCAACUACCAGGAAGGCAAGGCAGCGAUGUUGAUGGUGGAGCCGCAGCCGAGGGACGUGGGCUCGAAGCCCGCGGCGGCGGCAGCGAACGGGGACGGCCCGGCCGGGGAACCCCCUUCCCCGGGAAUCAACAUCAGCGGAGGCGGCGGCUCUCGCUUCCAUCUACCGCCCUCCAACCACCUCCACCACCACCCGCACCACCCGCCGAAGGACCAGCACCACUACCAGCUGGCCCCGCAGCAGCAGCAGCAUCUUUCCGGGGAGAACAUCGCGGAGUCCCCGGGCAGGAAAGCCUCCUCCUCCUCCGAGGACCCGUCCGCCAGCAGCGGGAGCAGCAGCCAUGUCUACCCGGCGGUGAGUGUCUCCCACCCCGCGGACUCUGUGGACGAUAUCCGCAAAUGUGGCUACCUGAGGAAGCAGAAGCACGGACACAAGCGGUUCUUCGUGCUGCGGGCGGCCAGCCACCUCGGCCCCAGCCGCCUGGAGUACUACGACAGCGAGAAGAAGUUCCGGAGCAGCCUGCGCUCCGCCGCGGCGGCCGUGGCCAGCGGCGGGCCGGCGGCGCCGUCGCCCCCGAAGCGGGUGAUCUACCUCUACCAGUGCUUCACGGUGAACAAGCGGGCGGACUCCAAGAACAAACACCUCAUCGCUCUCUACACCAAGGACGAGUACUUCGCCAUCGUGGCGGAGAACGAGCCGGAGCAGGAGGACUGGUACGUGGCCGUGAGCGAGCUGAUGAGCGAGGGCAAGAAGGGCCACCAGGACCCGGACGAGCUGGACGACGGGUACGGGACCGUGACUCCCGGGACCGUGUUCAAGGAGGUGUGGCAGGUGAAUGUGAAGCCUAAAGGACUGGGUCAGACCAAGAACCUCACAGGUGUUUACCGGCUCUGCCUCUCAACGAAAACCAUCCACCUGGUCAAGCUGAACUCCGAGACCCCCUGUGUGAACCUGCAGCUGAUGAACAUCCGGCGCUGUGGGCAUUCGGAGAGCUUCUUCUUCAUCGAGGUGGGCCGCUCCUCCUCCAUCGGGCCCGGGGAGAUCUGGAUGCAGGUGGACGAUUCCGUCGUGGCCCAGAACAUGCACGAGACCAUCCUGGAGACCAUGAAGUCGCUGAAGGCGUUCGCGGAGUUUCGGCCGAGGAGUAAGAGCCAGUCCUCGGGCUCCAACCCCAUGCCGUUCAUCACCACCCGGCGCCACCUGGGCAACCUGCCGCCGAGUCAGACCGGGCUGCAGCGGCGGUCGAGAACCGAGUCGGUCGUGGGAACGCCGCCUUCCAGUAAGAGCUCCGGGGCGAGUGGUUAUCGUUUCCGCACGUCCAGUGAGGGCGAGGGGACGAUGAACCGGCCGUUCCGCUCCGCCACAGGAAGUCUGGUUCACCUCAACUCGGCGAGGGCCCAUCACGGUCGUCAGGAGGGCGUCGGAGGCGGCAGCGGUGGGGUCGCCACGGGAAACGCUGGCACGAGCACCGGCGCUGGACGCUACGUCAGAGCCAUCCCGGGGACGUCAGCCAACUACCACGCCCGCUCCGCCUCCCUCCCGGUCUCCCACUUCCCCUCCACCACCAGCCCGGUGAGCGUCUCCUCCAGCAGCGGCCACGGCUCCGUGUCCGACACGCUCACACGCCCAUCCAGCGCCUCCAUAUGCGGCUCGCCGUCCGAUGGCGGCUUCAACUCCUCGGAUGAGUACGGCUCCAGCCCUGGUGACUUCAGAUACUUCCGGGUGCGGAGCAACACGCCAGACUCCCUGGGCAACACCCCUCCAAUCAGAGAGGAGAACUGUCUAAACGACUACAUGGCCAUGGGCUGGAACCGGGAGGUGUUUGGCACCGGUGCAGGUUCUGGAAACAACAGUGGGGGGGACACGCCUCGGGAUGAGGGCUCAUCAGCGGCGGAGGAAGAUCGUUUCUCCUCAUCGUCGUCGCUGAGGAGGCGGACUCAUUCGUUCACCAGACCUGCAGGCGGAGCAACCGGUGGUUCUGGAGUCGCCGUUUACCAGAAAAUGACCCAGACCAACUUUUCAUUGGACGAGGAGUCAGACAUUGUGUUGCCGUUUGGCAGCGGGCUUCUCCGCGGCGGGCCGUCCUCCUCCUCUUCCUCGCUGCGCUCUGACUACAGCUCCUGCUCCGAGCACAGCCAGCAGAGCCGGCCCUCCACGCUGUCCCGGACGGAGGCCGGCGGCGAGCGCCCUCCUCUUUCCUCCUCUGCCAAGGAAGACAGCGGUUACAUGCCCAUGCUGUGCGGCGUCGCUGCCUCAACGCGGGACACGCCCCCCGACUACAUGCCUAUGCAACCCGGCUCCUACUCCCACCACGUCUCCCACUCCCCUCAGUUUCACAGCCCGGCUCUAUCUGCCCGCUCGGCCCACCACCAGCUCCAGCCUCAGUCCUCCGCAGACUCCCACGGUUACAUGAUGAUGCUCCCCGGCGGCGGCGGCAGCGGCAGCUCCCCCUCCCCGGUGCAGGCCUCCCCCAGCCCUCACAGUAGCUCCGGUGUGGCAGGUGCCAGUGACAGUAUAGCAGAGAGACCUGAGAACGGGGAGUACAUGGACAUGUCGUACAGCAGCAGCGGCGGCGGGCGCAAGCUCUCGAACGAAGGGAGCGGUGGGUAUCUAACACCGGACAGCACCCCGAAGUCUUACAGCCCGUACUUCUCCCUCCCUCGCUCCUACAAAGCGCCCACAAGAGAGAGGGAUGAGAACGAGUGUGGGGACUAUGUUCCUAUGAGUUCUCCUGCCAAGCCAGUCUUCUCAUCAGUUGCCACCGCCUCAAUGUCAACACCGGAGAAGAGGGUCGGGGGAGGAAGUAGCACCUCGACCCCGUCUCAUCCACCGCCGCCUUACGGAGCUCAUCACACGACCGCAGCGAUGGCCGACAGACGCGUGGUGAGGCCCAACCGCCUCCCGCUAGGUAGGAGGAGCUUCCACGGCCCGCUGCGGGUCAGUGAGCCCUCCGCAGCGUCUUCAGGAACCUCAACGUCAGUCCCUGCCGCCGCUGGCUCAUCCGAACGGCCUUCCAGUCCCGGAGAAUAUAUCAACAUAGAGUUCGGGGAUCACUACCCGCACCAACAGCAGCCGCCUGCCUAUCCUCUCUCUGCUGAUGAAGCGCCUUCCCUGGGAUCCGCCGACCACCGCCACUCUCCCUCACAGCCCCAGGUUCACCAGGACUACAUGAGUGUGGAGGUGGAGGCGGAUCAGCAGGACAGUGCCGGGUGUCUGGGUAAAAAACAGUCUCCCAGACCCAGCCUGGUCGCCCCCUGGAACCCGCCCAGCUACAUCCGACCCCUGGCGAGCAACCCAGGGGCACUGGCCUCCCCUGGGGUCCCCGCUGCAGGUCACUGGAGGUCGAAAGGUGACGACUAUACAGACAUGACAUUUAACCUCAGCAGAGGUGACAGGACGCAAACCAGCCCCACCGCCAUGCUGCAGCACCUCUGUGUAAUAGAGGGACGCUACGGCCCCUCCCCCUCAUCCACCCCCCCUCCUCUCCCCCCGUCGAGUCCAGGUAGGACGCCAACACAGCAGCAGGAGCCUAAGGUGGUCCGAGCUGACCCGCAGGGCCGGAGGAGACACAGCUCAGAGACAUUCUCCUCCACUUCCUCCUCUAACUCAACGCCCCCCGGAGGAGGACUCGGACCCUCAUCCUCAGCCGCGCACCCCACCGCCAACCCCACCGCCUCUAAUGGAUCAUACCUCGCCGAGGGUCAAGCUUCCAGAUGGGCCAGCUCGGCGUCUUUCGACAGCGUGUGGAUGUCGGUGGAGGGCGUCGGAGACUCGCCGGCUCACCACGCUCCGACAAGAGCCACGGAACCGGGGACGACGGCCGGGACCUCGGCCUCGGCCUCCUCCUCGGGAGCUGUACCCGGGAGGAUGUGCAGAAACAUGUCCGUCGGCUACCAGAACGGCCUGAACUACAUCGCCCUGGAGCUGAGGGAGGACGGGACUACCGGAGGAGCCGCGGCGUCGGGAGGUGGCGGCAGCAACGGGAGCUCGGCGACAGCAGCAGCAAUGGGGACUGUGUCUCCGCCGGAGAACGGCGCCUACGCCAGCAUAGACUUCACCAAAUCUGACGGGGUCUCCACGACAACCAAGGACUGAACGAGGACGUCAGAGGUUCCCCUCCCUCCUCCUCUUCCUCCUCCUCCUCCUCUUCGUCCUCAUCUCUCCGCUCGUGGCACUUGACUCUGCCUGUGACCUUUUGGCCUCCCACACCAGUGACCUCUGACCUCCACCCUGACAGAGAAGCCGCUCCUUUCUGGACCCAGAAAACAACAAACAACAUCACAACAGAUGACGCUUGCAGUUUUAUUUCUAAGUGUAUUUCAUCUUUUAUUUUUUAUAUAUGCACAUAUAUCGAAACAUAUAUGCAUAUUUUUGCUUUGUCAUUUUUUUAAAUCAGCCCCUCCCCUCUGAAUCAAUGCUGUUCAGUGAACUUUGACCUUGGGGGCGUCCACUGGUCCUCAUGGUUCUGAUUCUGCGUACGGUAUAAAUAAAGGGAGGCUGGAAUGCUAAGCUAAGGCAUUAUGGUACAGACUUGGAAACUUUUAUGUUGCAUUGAACUUAAAUAUUAUUUUUUAUCUUUUGUUAUUAUUCAACCUUUUUUCUUUUCUUUUUUUUUUUUUUACCCCAAACAUAAUCCAUCCUAAAUACGGUACCGUGCAGUUAUUAAGCUGUGGACAAAGUUGUGGUUUUUUAUUAUUAUCCCUCAGAAGAUACGGACGGUACCGGGCGACCUUUGGGUUACCAUGGUUACCACGAUAUUCGUGGCGUUCGCACACAGCGCCACGGUUAGCUCGCGUUGCCUCAGCGUUCCAGCUCCUCGAGCUGCGGUACUUUGCUUGUGCACAAAAUUCAACGGGAUAAACCUUAAAGCAUUACUCUCUUCAUAUUCUGUAGCACAUAUUAUUUAUUCGUUGCAAUAGGUUCAGAUAUUUCAUACGUUUACUUGUUUUGUGACACCGCUGGUACUCAGCAGGGCGGGGAAAUGACAUCAGCUUCCAAUCAAAUGCUGGAAAAUGUUGUGCUUCUUAAAUUCAUUCUCCGGUACGACCCAGCGGAUAUGGCUAGCUCAAAUUUAGCUAGCUAAAAUAUUUUAUCUUGUUCGUUUAAUCGAAUUCUUUGACUGAAGUUUUGUGCCGACAGCUUUUACAUUUCAGAUAUAUUGUUUAAUGAGUGAGCUUCAAAAAAAGCCAGGGGUAGCUGUUCUCCAAUUUCCACGCUUUAUGCUAAGCUAAGCUAAGAAACUAAUAGUUUAAAAUGAAAAAUCGUAAGUAUCUUGCGGAGGUUUUCCCGUCCUGCUGCCGCUGCUCUGCUCAUCGUACUCAGCUUCCUGCUCCAGGAGCUGUCGAGCGGAGCAGGUGUUUGGAGGUGUUCUACAUUUUCAGUUUUACCUCAUAUGGUCCGUAGCACAGUUCAGGUUAGAGAGGGAGAGUGACGCACACACACAAACACACACACACACACAGACACACAAAACGCUGUGAAAGGUAAAAGCACAAUUUACAGACGUCGACACUGGGAUGCAAACACUAAAUCUCUGCAAGUGAACCGUAUACUGUUGAAGCAGUGGCAUGUAACACACACACACACACGCACAGACACACACGCCUGUACGUCAUGAAGACACAUGCCAUGGUCAUGCGGUGUCAACCAUACCUGCUCUCAUACGCACACACAGUGGUCAUGCAGCCCUAUUUAGGCGAAGAGAAGUCACUGUGCCCCCGAUUCGACUUUUUGUCACCGGCUCCCGAUGACGUCCGGGAUUUUUUUCGCUCACACACACAUAGACACACACACACAU